GUAGGGGCGUUCUUAUCCACCUCCGCCCGCCACCCCUCAUUUCGACCCUUUGAACCUUUGCCCAACCCGACGUUGCACGUUUUCGAGAGUACGGUCAACACCGCAACCGAACCCGCAACCGAUUGACGACGGAAAGGGUAUAUCCCUUCGACCAAACCAGCGGGGGGUUCUUAAUGGACCGUCGCCCGCUGGCACAGGCCCUUUCGCGACCGCGCUGCUGAGGACUCUGGUCUCGAGUUAAUCCCGAGAUCAUCGGCCCGGCUAGCUGACGGCUGCUCCGUGAGAGGUGCCUGCCGUUCGAUAAAGACGACGAAAUCAACAAGUGGAGAAGGAAAAGUUAAAUACCAAGAAGGGGUGUUAAGACCGAAGAGCCAUGCCAAGUGAGCUCUUGUCCUCAGCCGCCGACGACCGCUCCCACAGCAGCAUCCUCCUACAAGAUGGUUCAGUCCACUGCAGUCACGCUCCAUUUCCGAUGAUGCCUCCAUAUCAAACCUCUUCGCAGCAAGACCGCCAGCAGCAGCAGCAGCAACAACGAAGGCACGGCGUGAGCUCGGACCGCACCAGUGGCGAUGGCAGUUCCAGCGACGUCAUCAGCCCAGAUACGCGCCUCGCUAUAGCAGCUCCCGCAGCAGCCGCCGAAAGUACCGCGACUACCAACAGCAGCGGCACCAAUGCCGUAUCGAGUUACCAGCGCCUGGUUAAGCGCUACCGGGUCGAGGUAGCUGCGUCGGCCUCGAGUGUGCUGUCCACCCUGACGACGUUCCCGCUUGACAGCGUCAAAACUCGCAUGCAAACGUACCGCUAUGCGGGUUUUCGCGACUGUGUACAGCACACAUAUCAAACGGAGAAACUGAGGGGUUUCUUUCGAGGAGUGACGGCGCCCAUGGCAAGCAUCACUCUCGUGCGGACCGUGUCGUUCUCGAUUUACCAGAGAUCAAAGUACGUUUAUUGCGAUUGGGUCAAGCGGAACUUUGGCUUCGACGUAAUGGGUCAUGUCAGCUCGAGGGGUACAUACCCGAAUCUCUGGACAAUAGCGACGUUCGGGGCAGCCGGCGCAACGGCGGGCUCUUGCAUUACGGUCAUUGCUUGUCCGUUCGAGUUGACAAAGCUCAGCGCUCAGGUUUCCGUUCUGUUGGCGGACAAGAAGAAUUGCCCCAAACCGGAAAGCCAUGCAAUUGCAGCGAGCUAUCAGAACAAGGGGACGUUGAAGACACUAGGGAACAUCGUCAAGCAUAGAGGGUUCGGCGGGCUAUAUACUGGGUUCAGGCUACACCUUCUACGCGAUACCCUUGGGACAGGGACAUAUUUCAUGACCUACGAAAGCAGCAAGCAGCUCCUAACCACCUUCGGCGGUGAUGGCACUCACUCCAACCCAUUGGCGGUUCUGGUGGCAGGCGGACUCUGUGGUAUCGUGUCGUGGGCCCUAAUCUACCCAGUCGACUCUGCAAAAAGCAUCUAUCAGCGCAACUCACUCAUGUAUUCCAAGGGCCAGAAAGUUGAGCCGGUCAAGAUUGCCUUCUUCCAGCGCAACAUGUACCGCGGCCUGGGCGUGUCAAUGGGCCGGUCAUGCGCUGUCAAUGCGGUCUUUUUCUCCUCGUUUGAGUUCCUGAAAAAGCGCAUCAAGGCCAUGGACGAUCACCGGCGGCCGAACUAGCACCUCGCACCUGGCACUGGGCUGCUAACAGGCGGAGUUACUUUUUUUUCUUGUCUUUUCGCGAAACAAUUUUGAUCAAUUGAAACCAUCCGCUUUAUUGACUUGGGUUGUACAA